AUGGCGCACGCAGCCCCCGUUGACAUUUGGAACGGUAAUGGCAUCGCCUUGGGAGCUCCUUCUCCCAAGAAGGUCGCUUAUUUCUACGAUUCUGACAUCGGAAACUUUGCCUAUGUGUCAGGCCAUCCAAUGAAACCACAUCGCAUCCGGUUGGCGCACAGCUUGAUUAUGAAUUACGGUGUGUAUAAGAAGAUGGAGAUUUACCGUGCGAAACCUGCAACGCGACUCGAGAUGACCCAAUUCCAUACGGACGAGUACAUAGAUUUCUUACAGCGAGUCACCCCCGAGAAUAUGGAUAAUUUCCAGCGGGAGCAAGGCAAAUACAAUGUCGGAGAUGAUUGUCCAGUAUUUGACGGACUAUUUGAAUUCUGUGGCAUAAGUGCUGGUGGCAGUAUGGAGGGUGCUGCCCGGCUCAACCGUCAAAAGUGCGAUAUCGCAGUCAACUGGGCGGGUGGCCUCCAUCACGCAAAGAAGUCUGAGGCUAGUGGCUUCUGCUAUGUUAACGAUAUCGUUCUCGGAAUUCUCGAACUCUUACGAUUUAAUAAGCGCGUCCUAUAUAUCGAUAUCGAUGUACACCAUGGCGAUGGUGUUGAGGAAGCAUUUUAUACCACAGACAGAGUCAUGACAGUGUCUUUUCACAAGUACGGCGAAUACUUCCCUGGAACGGGCGAGCUUAGAGAUAUUGGCAUCGGCCAGGGCCGUUACUACGCCACUAAUUUCCCCCUUCGCGACGGCAUAGAUGAUUCCUCAUACAAAUCAAUCUUCGAACCCGUCAUAUCAGCCGUUAUGGAAUAUUAUAAUCCGGACGCGGUUGUUCUUCAAUGUGGCGGAGACAGUUUGUCCGGUGACCGCCUCGGUUGUUUUAACCUGAGUAUGGAUGGACAUGCCAACUGCGUAAAGUUCGUUAAGAGUUUCAACCGACCAACUCUGGUACUCGGUGGUGGUGGUUAUACAAUGCGUAAUGUUGCCCGUACCUGGGCUUUUGAGACUGGUUUGCUUGUUGAUGCUCAGAUGGAUCGAACCCUACCAUUUAAUGAAUAUUAUGAUUAUUAUGGGCCUGACUACUCGCUUGACGUGCGUGCUUCCAACAUGGAGAACGCCAAUAGCCCCGAGUAUCUAGAGAAGAUAAAAAAUCAGCUCAUCGAAAAUCUUCGCCGUACCGCUCAUGCCCCAUCCGUCCAGAUGCAAGAUGUCCCCCGUCAUUCUCUGGGAGCAAUGUCUGAUGAGGAAGAAGCUGAGCUUGAUGACCUCGAUGAGGACGAAAAUAAAGAUGUUCGCAUGAGUCAGCGCCAGUGGGAACAGCACAUAGAGCGGGACAACGAAUACGAGGAAAGCGAUAAUGAGGACCUAGAUAAAGCGAAUGGAGUUCAUCGAAACGGCAACACGCGGCGGCCAUUAAUCGACUAUCGCAAUUCAGAUGUUGAAGCUGAUAGCGGCGCCGCGACGCCUGCCAACGGCUCUGUUGAACAUGUCAUCAAAUCUAAAGAAACAGAUGAUAUCAUUAUGGAGGAUGUAGCAGAGAAGGAACCCGAAGUCGAAGCAAACACUCGCGAUAACUCCCAGCCAGAGGAGAAGGAUACUGAACACGAAAGCAAGGCUGCUAGUAUUGCUGAUCAGGAAGGAGCAUCGAAGGAAUCCCAGGGAGUCGCCAAGUCCGAUAAAGAUGGUAGUGAAAGCGAAAAGACAGCUGCCGCUGAAAAUGAGUCUGGGAGCGAAAAGGCUGAGACAUCCAAGGAGGCUGACGAGACAAUGCGGGAUGUUGGUGAAAGCAAAGCACCAACCGAAGAGGCUGAAAAAGCGCCCAGCGCAGCGCCAGAGGCUAAGAGCACUCCGGAAGCUGAAAAAGUUGAUCAAGAUGGUGACAUCGACAUGGACGCCCCCGUUGCCGCCGCCCCUGAGCUAAAGCAAGAGAUUGGAACAGACGCCAAGGACCAACCCGCAGAGAAGGCUGAUGCUGCGUCGCCUAGUUCCGCGGAGCCCGCUAGUAAAGACAAGGAUAAAGACAAGGAAAAGGAUGAUGCGAGCUCUUAA